GCGGAGAGGAGAUGUGUCGUCCCCGUUGCCCGCUGUGGCUGGCCCUGCCGCUGCUGCUCUCCUGCCCGCGGGCUGACGGCAGUGCUCUGCGGGGUCAGAUCAUUGGGGGCCACGAGGCCGAGCCCCACUCCCACCCCUACAUGGCGUACCUGAAGGUGGGGCGUUCUGCCUGCGGGGGGUUCCUGGUGGCUUCCGACUGGGUGAUGACGGCCGCGCACUGCUUGUCGGGGAACAUCACCGUCGUCCUGGGGGCUCACGAGAUCUUCCAGCCAGAGCAGAGCCAGCAGGUUCGAGGGGUCCUCAGAUACCACCCACACCCUGCAUACGACCCCGACACCCUGACCAAUGACAUCAUGCUGCUCAAGCUGACAGCGAAGGCCAAGCUCAACAAAUACGUCCGCACCAUUGCUCUGCCCAAAACCAGCAGCUACCUCCCGACGGGCACCUCGUGCACCAUAGCAGGAUGGGGCCUGAUUGAUGAGGACCAGAUAACAGGCAAACUCUUUGAAACCAAAGUCUCCAUCUACAGCCGCAGGAAGUGCGUUCUGUUCUACCCACACCUCGACGACGGCAUGGUGUGUGCUGGCAGCUUCCACGAGCUGAAGGACUCCAGCCAGGGUGAUUCUGGAGGGCCGCUGGUGUGCAAUAAAGUCGCACAGGGUGUUGUUUCCUUUGGCUACGACAGCCCGCCCGGUGUCUAUGCUCGCAUUGCCGACUACCUACGCUGGACGAAGAAAAUCAUGACGAAGUAACGGUGCAGCGUCAGCCCUGGAGACCUGCCGGGUUCCUUCCUGCCCCCACUGGCGGCUCCAUUCCCCCCUCUGCCCUGGGAACCCAAGUGUCCCAAUGGAUGCCCAUAGGCUCCCUCCCUUUGCUCCGAGGCUGAUGGCUGUCCCGCUGCCGGCCCAUUUCAGUGCCACGUUGUCACCAGCAGAAUUCCCAUAUGGCACUGGAAUGCAGUGGCACUACCGCACAGCCCCUUUCCCUUGGACGCCCCUGCCCUGCUCGACCCUGAAACACCCCCAGUAAAUUCUGAGCUGCGUUCCCCAGCA